GAAUUGAAUCCGAUGCAGUAGCUUUGUUGAAGAUCAGUGUUAGCCCGGCUGACUGAUGUAAAUAUCUUCAUGUCUCGCGGAGACCAUCUUCGAUCGAGGUGCCUCAAAUAGAGGGCUUAAAUGAAUCGGGCGUCCCCGAUAUGAGCUUUGCUCACUUUUUUGCUGAAACCGAUGUGCAAUCGGUGUACCCAAUUCGAUUGGGCUCAGGCUUAUUGGAAAAUAUGUGCUGCUUGGAAAGAUCCCAACGGAAAAAUAAGUUAUUUUUGAAGCACCAUGGUUUGAUCGUCCUUCCAGAUCCGACCCAAAACGAUGCUGCUCGGCAGGCCUGUAUUGAGAACUUGGAGUCGUUGGAGCACUUGAUGUCGAUACUCAUAGCUCCGCCACUAUCGGAACUAGGGGCAGCGGUCAAGCUAUCAUCGUUUUUCGGAUUGUCCCCGUCACUUUUCACCGCAACAUCAGCGUCGCCUCAGCCACUCAGACUCUUGGACUCCACCAAGGUCUUCUACAUAGACCGAGUGGUGCUCUAUAGUAGAGACGUAGAGAGAAUGUUGCCUGCAUUUCUGGGAUGGACAUCUAAGAUCCUAAGGGAUAGGGAAAAAAAGGAGGUCAGAGCAGGUGGAUUCGGGUUGGGGUAUGAUGAUGGUAGAUUUGUUGGUGAGGUGAUGGAUGUGAGCUCUGGUGACACAGUUGUUGGUGCGUGUUUAGAACGGGUUAAUGUCGAAACUGGUAAUGGUGAUGCGGCAGAACCAAUGGGAGAGCCGAGGGAUGAUCCGGUUGAGGUAAGUGCAGGGGGGAUUAGUUGGCAAACCGUGAACUGAAUUUUUUUUUGGGUUGAAAUUUAAUUCUUUUUAUAUUAUGACACCCUUAUGCAUCAAGUUUUUGUUCAAAAGUUUGCAGAAAAGGGGAAAGUACUGG